UUUUUUUUUGUUCUCAAGUUUUAAAUAUAUCAUAUAAAAUGGCAAACAUUCCAUCAGUUAAGUUAAACAGUGGUUAUUCUUUCCCUCUUAUUGGUUAUGGUACUUUUGGUGGAGUAGAUGCUCCUCAACAAGUUUAUGAAGGUACAAAGUUUGCUUUGAAAGCAGGUUAUCGUCAUAUCGAUACAGCCUUUGUUUAUAGAACAGAAGACGCGGUUGGAAAAGCCAUUAAAGAAAGUGGAAUUCCUCGUGAAGAUAUCUUUAUUACCACUAAAUUGACAGAAUCAUUCCAUCGACCUGAACAUGUGCAAACAGCUUUGGAACUUUCUUUGAAGAAUCUUGGUACGGACUAUGUUGACCUUUACUUGAUUCAUUGGCCAUUUGCAACGGAAUUCCGUGGGUUUGACUUUUUAGAUAAAACGACACGUGAAGAACGACAAAAAGCACAUCGUAUUGACGUACCUAUUAUUGAUACUUGGCGCGCUAUGGAAAAGCUAGUGGAAAAAGGUUUAGUGAGAUCAAUUGGUGUUUCUAAUUUCACUAUUCCGUUGUUGGAAGAUUUACUUUCUAAAGCUACUAUUCCUCCUGCCGUAAAUCAAGUUGAAUUACAUCCUUAUUUGGCCCAAUCUGAUUUGGUGGAAUAUAGCAAAGAGAAAGGAAUCGUUCUUACUGGAUAUGCUCCUCUUGGUAAUCCAGGGAUGAUAGGCAAAUUUGGUGCAAAGAUCGAAUUGCUAUCUCAACCUUUGAUUCUGAAACUCGCAGAAAAGUACAAGAAAGAACCAGGUCAAGUACUUUUGAACUUUGGUCUCAAUCGUGGUUAUGCAGUGAUUCCUAAAUCCACGAAUAAAAGUCGAAUCGAAUCUAACCUGGUGUACUUUAAGAUGGACCAAGAAGAUAUUGAUGCUAUUAUCGAUUUGGACAAGGAACAAACUAUCCGUGCUUUUGAUCCUGUGACUAUCCUUGGACAUGAAUUCAAAUUAUUUUAGUUAGUUGAAUCUGUAGAAUAAAAAGCGUAUUUUAUUUAUUUUUUGAUU